CCGGUCCAUCGAUGAAUGUAGCACUGUCACAGAUCUAAGUCUCCUACGAGCCGUGGGUACGGGUACCCAAUUUUUGCAGUAACCCGUACCCGCGCGGGUGAAUCAAACACAGGUACACGUGACCCGUAGUACGGCGGAUACCCGGACAGCAUCACCCGCGACAUACCUUAUCUGCAAGGAACAACUGCGGCGUGGUCUUCCUUCUCUUUUGGUCUGACUCGAGGAAAACUAGAUAAGUUCCACAUUCAAGCUGCCCUUGAAUUCCAAUUUCCGAACUCGAACAACGAACUACUAUGCCUGCCGCAGGGUAUAUACGUCUUCCUGAGACGAGCCCCCAAGACGACAAUCGUUCGUCCCACGGUGACGACGCCUCGAUCUGCGAGACUGCCGUGGACAAUGAACUCCGUUCAGUCGAUGCCGAGCAGGACGCACAUGCUGGCGUUAAGAAAGUCGAGGCCGCGCAGCGUGUGUAUGGGCGUUACUCCCGUUGGUGUCUCUUCGUCGGCAUUGGACUUGCGUCAUAUAUAUAUUCCCUUGAUGCAUCGACAACUUACGCAUACCUUACAUUUGCUACUUCAUAUUUCGGCGAGCACAGCCUUAUCAGUUCGAUCACCGUCGUACAGUCCCUCAUUGUUGCUGUUGGUAAACCCGUGAUCGCUAAAGUUGCGGAUGUCUCUUCACGAGGCACCGCCUAUGUCGGCGUUUGCUAUAUCGUGAUAGCUUCUGCCCCUAAUGUCACUAGGAUAGCUGGAGGCAUUGUUCUGUACGCUGUCGGGGUGCAACUACUUACACAAAUUAUCAUUGCUGACAUCACCACCCUCGCAUGGCGUGGGCUUGUCGUCUCCCUUGUCUCUGCACCAUUCCUCAUCAAUGCAUUUAUUGGCUCAAACAUAUCUGCUGCAGUCAUCGAUUCUAUCGGCUGGCGAUGGGGCUAUGGCAUGUUUGCCAUCCUUGUCCCUAUUUCCCUCGCGCCCCUCAUUAUCACUCUUCUGUGGGCGGAACGUAAGGCGAAAAUGCUUGCUCUUCUCGACUCCCCCAAACCACGCAGUCGCAACAGCUCAAGUCAGCCAAGCCUCCCACGUGGAUCCAUGAUAACUCGCUUCCUUCGCUCUGCCGAGCAGCUUGACCUAGUCGGACUCAUCCUUCUUGGGUUCGCGUAUGCACAAAAUUUAGGCUCGAUCAUUGCAAUGCUUGUCAUGGGAAUUGUGCUCCUUGUCCUGUUCGCAGUCUGGGAUCUACGUUAUGCCAGUAGGCCUGUGAUUGCUCCGCGGUUUGUCAGGAAUAGAAGCGUUGUCUGUGCAGCGUUGAUCGGCUUUUUCGACUUUAUGUCGUUCUUCCUCACAUAUGCGUAUCUGUAUUCGUUCGUCCUGGUGGUGAAACCUUGGUCACUCGUGAACGCGACGUACUUCAUUCAGGUGCAAUCCGUUGGACUGACAUUCUUUGGCAUUCUUGCGGGUCUCAGCAUGCGUUUCCUCCAUCGCUACAAGUACGUACUCGUCAUCGGACUCGUGAUUCGUCUAAUAGGUGUCGCAAUGAUGAUCCAUUCGCGCGGUGGCAACGCCUCGGAUGCUGAGCUUGUAUGGACCCAGAUCCUUCAAGGUUUCGGUGGAGGUUUUGCAGCCGUUUCUUCACAAGUAGGGGCACAAGCAUCCGUGCCUCACGCAGACGUGGCGAUCAUCACGGCAGUCGUGCUCCUACUAACUGAAAUCGGCGGCGCAGCUGGGAACGCAUGCGCCAACCUAGAGAAGUAUCUGCCAUGGUUAACCGACGAGAAGCGUGCAGAGCUGUUCGGGAGCAUAACAUUAGCAGCGUCUUAUCCCCUCGGCGAUCCCGUGCGCGAGGGCGUCAUCAGCGCGUACGACGACACGAUGAAGAUCAUGGUGACCACAGCCACUGUACUGAGCGUGAUACCUGUUUUGCUUGCCCUCGCAAUGCCGAACUGGUACCUAGGUGACAGGCAGAAUGCGAUUGACGCUGCUGAUCUUACUGGGAGGUCGUUGCUCGAAGAUGACAGUGAAGAUGAAGAGGAGCUGUAGUCUUAGUCCUGUUGAACAAUACAUUCUACUGUGCUUUUUUCAGAAUCCCGUAUAUUGUCAUUGUAGGCUUGCCUAAUGUUGGCAGUAUAUAGUAAUGUAUUAUGUGGCGUGAACGUUA